CGCGCGGAAACCGAAAUGAAACGUCAGACACCAGCAGGCAGCCAGAGCGCAGAUGUCGCCACUCGAAAAUGAAUCCUUCAAACGUAAACAUGGCUGAUGAUGUGCGGCAAGCCGCCCCGAAAUCGCCCUCGAAUAAUGUUAUAUCGGACAUCAAUCACGAUGAAGCGAUACUCGCACAGGAGAAAGAAAUUGAGCGCGAGAUUGCCGAGCGCAUACCAUUGGUUGACACGAAGCAGGAUUUGUCCAUCCUCGAGAAGGAGUACGCCCUGGACGAUGAGGUCUACCAACAGAAAGUCAAGGACCUCCGCAGCAAGUACCAGUCUAUCCGCAAGACACGGCCAGACGGCAACUGUUUCUUUCGCGCCUUCAGCUUCGCCUACCUGGAAAGCCUGCUGAGUGACCAGCAGGAGUACACAAGGUUCAAGCAGCUGGCCGAAAACAGCAAAGAGGUGCUCGUCUCACUUGGCUUCCAGCGAUUCACAAUCGAGGACUUCCAUGACACGUUUAUGGAUGUCCUCAAGAGGAUUGAGAACAACAUCACCUUGGAUGACUUGCUGAAGAUCUUCAACGACCAGGGCUACUCAGACUACAUUGUUGUGUACAUGAGGUUGCUGACGUCCGGCCAGCUGCAGAAGGAGGCAUCAUUCUUCGCCAGCUUCAUUGAUGGACAGAGGACUGUCCAGGAGUUCUGCAAGCAGGCAAUGGAGCCCAUGUACAAGGAGAGCGACCACAUCCACGUCAUCUCGCUGACGCGCAACCUGGGCGUUGGCGUGCGCAUCCAAUACAUGGACCGCGGCAUCGGCGGCAAGGUCAACACCCACGACUUCCCCGAAGACCGUGAGCCCCGCAUCCACCUUCUGUAUAGGCCAGGACACUAUGACAUUCUGUACCACACAUGACUGCUGCGUGUUAUGACUGUCAGGGUGCCGGGAUGUUCCUCAUCCUAAAUUUUUGUUUGUUUGUUUCAUUUCGUGUUUUCCUCGGGAAGAAGGAAAAUCUCGGGGAGGGGAAAGGUGUGUGUGACUGUGACCGGGGCUCCGUUCACCCACAGCUUUAAGCAUUUCCAAAAUUUUGGAGAGAGAAAAAAAAAGUUUCUUGUGUUCAACAUUGUUUUUUUUUUUCUGUUAUUUUUUGUCCUGCCUGUGAGUUUGUGCUGAAGUCAAAACGGACAUCUAGAGGAGCGGCACCGAGGGACCUGCUUUCCAGCAAAAGUGCGAAACCUGCAGGGAGGCUCGACAGCGCUGCUGGAGUUUGCUGCUGCCCCGAGAAAGUGUCUCGUGCCAGGAUGUUCUCGCUUCGACAACAGUGAAUAAGUAGCUUGCAUCAGUAGAGGGAAGCCGAAAUUUUUUUAUCUUGACAGCAGAGCUCGCAUUUGAUUUGUCCCAAAGCUCUCACCCCUGGCAUUUUCGCACAACGGACAAACUCUGAAAAAAGUGAGGGAGGGUGGAAGAACAGCCUGAUCCAUCUCGGGACUGUUCGCCUGACAUGGUUGCAUUUUGAAAUCUUCCGUGACGUUGGGAAAAACACGAGAGUAACAGCUGUCUUGCUAUGCCUUCUUAUUGCACUGAUUUGAAUUCCUGAAAGUCUGGAUUAUAACAUUUGAUGCCAGAUGGUGUUGUGUCACGUGCAGAUACGAAUUAACCGUGAUGUUUAAAGUAACCGACAUUGCAUUCUGUCACUGUCCAGCUAUAUCUGCUUCCAAUGACUAAAAUUGAAGACUCAUGUUCUUGGAGCCAGCCUUCUGGAGAGUGUUCAUUCAAGUUCCGAGGCAUGUUUACAACCAUUAGUCCACACAAAAACCUUUUCAUAUUUCUUUCUCUAUGAUUUCUGGCAAACCAAAUUCGUUUAAGAGUAAGCUGCGAAGGUUGGGUGUGGUUGGAUCGUCCUUGCAGUGAUGUACAAGGAUUGCAGCAGUUUAUGGUUUUUUCCACUGUCAUCAGAUUCAAACUAAGUUUCAUAAAGUUGGAUUGUUGUAACCGUGAAAGAACUGCUUCCCUAGUUGGUUCAGUGUUGUUGCAAUCCAUCGACAGCUGCGGGUUUAGCAAUGCAUCAUCAAGUUUGCUGGAAUUAACGGUGUAGAAACUAACAAAAUCCUGUUUAACUGUGAGCAGCAACCUGUUCAGUUCUGUUCUAAGAAAAAUGUACUUUGAAAUUUUUCUCUGCUCUCAAGUUGACAAUAAAAUUUUGUCAGCUUUUUUUUUUUUUAAUUAUUCAAUGUGAGCUGUUCUCUUUAGCCACUUGCGUAUUGAAGUUAAGUGCGGUGUUUUGUUUCGUGUCAGCAUGCAGUGAAAGAUGCUGCUAGUGUGUUUUUGCGAUUGUAACUGAAUGUUUGGGAAAGGUUACUGCAAGAUGCAGAACCAUUGGCAGUUUGGAUAUGCAGUCCCUGUCGUUAGCUGAGUAGCUUGUUUGUACUUGUAAGCUGUUGAGUGUGAACUUCUUGCGUAGCUGUCGGGGUGCAGCACUGUGUGCAGGCAAUAUUUUUCUCUAAAUAAUAACCGUUACAAUAUUAUUGGCAUCAAAUUCUGAUGUCAAGGUUUGAAAACUGCCCGGUUAACAUCACUGGAAACCAUUAAGUCACAAUGUUGUGCGCUACCAGGACCUUGCCGUUCAUGAGCAGCUGUGCUCUGUUGCCGUUCUCAUCUGGGCUUCUUGCGAUAGCCUGUGUGGGUAUGACGCAGUAUACCGUUGUGUUGGGGAAUUAAUCCGCUGGUGCAUUAGUAAAUUCUGCUUUUCUCGUUGCACAAUCCGUGUUCCAAAACUCUCAUUGAUUGUGCGGAUGUUUCCUGCAAUCCGUCUUCUGUUGUGUGAUGUCAGGUUAAACAACUUAUGUUAUCGACACUGGCAUCAAGGCUUGCACUGUACACAGCGACUGCUGCAUCACCACAAAAAUGACAAAACGUACAUGUUCCAGUGAGACACGAAAAUUGCAGUUUUUUUUUGUAUUUUUUUUCUUUUGGGAUUGACAAAUGUUUUGCAGGUCAUGCAAGCAGGAGGACGACAUUUUAUUUUGUGUAAUUUAAUUUUUCCUGAUUUCUUCUCGUGCUUUACGAAAUGCUUUUGUUGACUUGCGUUUCAAUAAAGAGAGGGUUUGUUUGCA